GUACGCGUGGUGACGACUCCUUGCUAGCUGAAGCAGAUGUAAGAGAUACACUAUCCACUGACGUCCUCUCCAUUGAGGAAAGGACCGCACUGUUCAUGCCUACAGAGGGCGCGGAUGUCUCUGAUGAUCUGCGUGAGGCCUCUGCCGAAGAAUGUAUGCUCUUGGGCUUUUUCGACAUCCGUCCCAACACCUUCCUAACAGUCAGAACGGAUGGCAGAGCUCCGGCACUGGCUGAUGUGUGCACCAGUGAUGAUGCGGUGGCCCCGUUGAUGCCUAUAGAUG